UGAGGCUGUGUGGAUGGGAGUUGAGUCUCUCUGGUUGUUGAUGUUAGACAGUCGCGCAAGGCGAAGCGGCUGCUGCCCGUGUUGAUUCCAGCCUCCUCCUCCUCUUCCUCCUCCUCUUCCUCCUCCUCUUCAGCACUGCCCGCUGGACAGCUCCUGCUCGGACACGUAUCUGACGCUGCAUGGUCCCUUUAAGUCUUUUAAUGGAAGUAAAAUCUAUUUAUGUUGCACGACAUAUUGGGAGUUUACAACUUCGUCAGCAGGAGGAAUCUGCGGAUACCUCGCUCGCAGAUUUGGAUCGCAGACUGAUUGCUUCAUCUCCAGACAUUUGGUGUGAAAUCCGCGAAGCUGCUGUCUACGUGGACCGGUGCUGAAGCCUCCCGUCCGACUGCCAGGACCUCUGCCAAACCCAGAGACAUGGCGACGAACGGAACCAAGACGGAUGGACAAGUCACUGAACUGAACGAGGUGGCCGCCAACAACGAGAAACCUAAAUCGCUGGACGUGAAGCCCGAGAAGAAGAAGAAGGACUUGCCAGAUAGGGAAACAUGGGGGGGCAAGUUUGAUUUCCUCCUGUCGUGUGUGGGUUACGCAAUUGGACUUGGAAACGUGUGGAGGUUUCCGUACCUGUGUGGGAAAAACGGUGGAGGCGCCUUCUUGAUCCCCUAUUUUCUGACCCUCAUAUUUGCUGGGGUCCCCUUGUUCCUCCUGGAAUGCUCCCUCGGUCAGUACACCUCCAUCGGGGGCCUGGGAGUGUGGAAAUUGGCCCCCGUGUUUAAAGGUGUAGGCCUGGCAGCAGCCGUCCUCUCCUUCUGGCUCAACAUUUACUACAUUGUAAUCAUCUCCUGGGCUAUUUACUACCUGUACAACUCCUUCACCGCUGAGCUUCCGUGGAGUUCCUGUAAUAACCCCUGGAACACGGAAAAAUGCUACACCAACUACUCCAUCGCAGACACCACCAACCUCACGAGUGCCGUGGUGGAGUUUUGGGAACGCAAUGUGCAUGAAAUGACCGAUGGCUUGGAAAAACCAGGCCAGCUCCGAGUGCCACUGGCGAUCACGCUGGCCAUCGCUUGGGUCCUGGUGUACUUCUGCAUCUGGAAAGGAGUGAGCUGGACGGGGAAGGUGGUUUACUUCUCAGCCACAUAUCCAUACUUCAUGCUGUUCAUCCUCUUCAUCCGUGGUGUCACUCUGCCCGGAGCCAAGGAAGGAAUCCUCUUCUACAUCACCCCGGACUUUGAAAAACUGAAACAAUCGGAGGUGUGGCUGGAUGCAGCAACCCAGAUCUUCUUCUCCUAUGGACUGGGUUUGGGCUCGCUCAUCGCUCUGGGCAGCUACAACACGUUCAACAACAAUGUUUACAGAGAUUCUGUCAUCGUCUGCUGCAUCAACUCCUGCACCAGCAUGUUUGCCGGCUUUGUCAUCUUCUCCAUCGUCGGCUUCAUGGCCCACGUGACCAAGAAAGAGAUCGCUGACGUGGCAGCUUCAGGUCCAGGCCUGGCUUUCCUGGCCUACCCGGAGGCUGUAACCCAGUUGCCAGUGUCUCCGCUCUGGGCCAUUCUCUUCUUCUCCAUGCUGCUCAUGCUGGGGAUCGACAGCCAGUUCUGCACUGUUGAGGGCUUCAUCACUGCUCUGGUAGACGAGUUUCCCAGAGUUCUUAGGGGUAGACGAGAGAUCUUCAUCGCAGUUGUCUGUCUGGUGUCCUAUGUGAUCGGACUGUCAAACAUCACGCAGGGUGGGAUCUAUGUGUUCAAACUGUUCGACUACUACUCUGCCAGUGGAAUGUGUCUGCUGUUCUUGGUUUUCUUUGAAUGCAUCUCCAUAUCCUGGUUCUACGGUGUGAACAAGUUCUACGAGAACAUCGAGGAGAUGAUCGGCUACAAGCCCUGUAUAUGGUGGAAGCUGUGCUGGGUGGUCUUCACCCCUCUCAUCGUAGCUGGCGUGUUCCUGUUCAGCGCCAUACAAAUGGUUCCUCUCACAAUGGGAGACUACGUAUUCCCGGCCUGGGGUCAGGGAGUCGGAUGGCUCAUGGCUCUGUCCUCCAUGGUUCUCAUACCAGGGUACAUGGUCUACAUGUAUCUUGGACUCAAGGGCACUUUCAAAGAGCGGGUGCGAAUAAUGUUCCAGCCUCCCGCCGUGGUGAAGCGACCUCAGGAGAACGGACCCGAGCAGCAGGUGGAGACCAACACCGCCAACCUGGCUAGCCCGACCAACCCAGCUCCGGCCAACCCCGCCAGCCCCACUAGCCCGGCGCCAGCUAACUCAACCAGCGGCGUGAGCCCGGCGAACCCGGCGCCAGCCGCCACUAGCCCAGUAACUAGCCCCACCAUCGCCACCACCAUCACCACUAUCACCACUACAGCCGGCGCGGCAAACAUCACCACGACGGUCAGCCCGACCAGCCCGCCUCCAAACCCAGUGAGUCCGACGGAGCCCGUCAAUCCCCCGAACCCGACAAGUCCGACCUCUAACCUGACCAACGCCGAGGCCAACGUGUAGACCACUGCCGAACCCUCAUGGAGCAAAAAGAGAACAUUAAAAAGGACUUUAAAGAUUUCAAUUGAUUCACCUACCUCCAGGGGCCACACAUGAUCUAAAGAUUUAAUUUCCUGCAUUUGUAAAAGCCAAACCGAACACCCUCGGUUUGCGUCCUAAGAAGAGACUGUUAGUGUUCACGAAUUCCACCAUGGAUCUGAAGAAAUUCUGAAAAAAAGUGUAAACAUACUGUGUAUUACUGUGAGAAAAAAAAAAGAAAAACAUAGAGAUCUAGACUAGAGAAUUGUUAAAUAUCUUCAUGAAUCAAGUCAAUACCGUGUGAAUAUAGUAGAUGAAGUAGUGAACAAAAUUGACAUCAUAGAAAAAGCGUGAGGGAUGACGUCAAUUUUAAUUGUGGAUGUUUACUAAACCUCACACAGUUGUCUCUUUUUCCAAACGUUGCACUCUGUGAGGCCACACCGGGACGGGGAGUUCUGAUCAAGCACAAUGCCGAUACGAAGUCUAAGGAAAUCUGGAGCAGUCCGGAGUUUCGUCGCAAAAGAUUUUGUGUGUGUGAGAGAGACUGUUAUUUUUUCCUUACAUUUAUUCCAGAGUAUUUAAGAAGAAAAAAAAAGAGAAAAACUUUUAUGUGAUGGAGACAUUUUUAGAGUUAUUUUUUGGAUGUUUUAUACUAUACAUGUGUUGUGAUGGGGGACCAAAACCAAUAUUCAGACAAAAGCAAAAACUAUGCCUGUAAAGGUUCGUUCACAUUCUGGCUUGUUGCUCGUUUACAGUUUUUUUGUGUGUGCGACUAAAACGAUAUCUACCCUGAAAAGACAAACCCCUCAGCCCCGCGUUUAUCUCGACCGAUCCGAAGCAGCUCAAGGGACGGCUUGUUUAUGUGAGCGAAGCCUUACGUGUGGUUGGCGAAGCACAGGGUACGAAGCAGUACGACAAAAAGCACAGCUUUCCAGAAUUCAUUCCCAAACAUCGACUAUCGCUGACAGUCAAUCCUGUUUACGUACAACAAAAGAAUUCUAAAACUAUGGGUUUGGGAGACGCCAACUUUAGCCAUAGUCUUGUUUACACGACUUGGACGGAAGAGCAGAUGAUCGCAUAAGCUACCACAAAAAGAGCUGGACCAACUCUGUGUUUACGUCAUUCUUUGUGUGUUCUGAUCAAUCAUAGUUUGAUCGAUAUGUAUCCAGCAAUACAUAUGUAGUGUAUACGUGUGGGCCGGUGAGCAAAGUGGUCCGCUCCUGUUUUCCGUUGUCUUUGCUUUACACGUGAAAAAAAGCACAAAGCUUUAAUUUCUCCAGACGUUUGCCAUGGCGUGUUAGGACAAUGUUAGUUUGCUUCUAUGGCAGCUACUGUGACAAAGGCAUCGGGUCGAACAGAACAUGGAGGGUUGAGAGUCGGGGAGGGGGCGAAAAAAGCAACAAAAGGGAGCGAAAAUGGCUACCAGUUCAUGUUCUGUGAAUUUUUGUAUAAAGUUACUCUACCGCAGUUUUCUCUGGAACUUUGUUGUAACACUGUACUGUGUAAAACAUGUAACUGUGAAUGUCUGUAAUACAUUGGAAGUUAAUGUCUAAAUGUUGAAAAAAUGGAAGUUGCUGUUUUCUGCAAUAAUAUUUUGACCACAGAAGCUAAAGCACAUAUCUUACAGAACCAUAGGAAACGACGAAAAAUGAAGAUAUUGAUAUUAAAAAUAGAUACUAUGUCUAGUAAAGCAAUUUUGUUUUGUAUAUUUUUAACUGUCUCACUGCCUAAUGUAAAACAUAAUAUAAACAUGAUAUGUAUUUAAAUGGUGUCCUAUGAUAAAGCACGAUUGUUAUGUUAUACAAAGAGAAAAAGACUGAAAAAAUAAAGAGUUAUAGAAAAUAUAAAUCC